AUGAUUCAAUCUAUCGAGCCUAACGGUGCCGGUGGAGAAGCACGAUGCAAGCCUAUUGAAGCGACUGAAGUAUACCGCAACAAAUACCCAGUCGCUUAUGAACAGUCCAAGCUACCAUUUGACACCCCUAGGCGACUUAAGAUUAUUCUUGCUGGUGCUGGUAUCAGUGGAAUUUCUUUCGCUCACGCAGUGGAAAGUGGUCAAUUGUCUAAUGUCGAUCUCCAGAUCCUUGAAAAGAAUGCUGGACUCGGGGGAACCUGGCUUGAAAACCGCUACCCCGGAUGUGCUUGUGAUAUUCCCUCACAUAAUUACUUGUUCUCAUGGGCACCCAAUCCCAAAUGGUCCUCUUUCUAUGUAUCGGCGCCCGAGAUUCUUGAAUAUGUUGAAAAUGUAGUGGAUACAUUUGAUCUACGCAAAUAUAUCACAACUUGCCGCAAAAUUACUGGCGCACGCUGGGAUGAGCAAAAGCAAAAGUGGAUUGUGUCCAGCAGAAACACGGAUGGUCGUCGUACCGUUGUUUCUUCAAAGGGCGUCACGGAUGGAGAAGUUGGUGAUGAGAUCCUCGAGGAAUGUGAUGUGUUCAUCAACGCUAGUGGCUACCUGAACAACUGGAGAUGGCCUGAUGUCUCCGGUCGCGAGAAUUAUCAGGGAAUCCUUGCCCACAGCGCCAACUAUGACCCUUCCAUUGACCUCAAUGGGAAGAGAGUCGCUGUUAUUGGCAACGGAAGUAGUGGAAUUCAACUCACUGCAGCUGUUCAAAAGGUUGCCAGUCAUGUUGGCGCCUACAUUAGAUCUCCAACCUGGGUUACGGCUAAUUUGGGUUCGAGAUUCAUCGGCCAGGGCGUUUCCAACAUGAGCUACAAUGAAGAACAACAAAGAAAAUGGAUACAGAACCCGGAGGAAUAUCUCACGCUUCGCAAAGAGAUUGAGAAGGAACUCAACUUUCGUUUCCCUCUUUACGUUCGGGAGAGCGAAUUUCAAGCCCUUGCACGCAGUUUCACAACUAAGGAUAUGCGCGCCAAGCUUGAUAAGAAGCCCGAGGUUGCUGAUUUGAUUAUUCCCAACUUUGGUGUGGGAUGUCGCCGACCCACCCCUGGUCCAGGAUAUCUCCAAGCCUUAGCCUCUGAGAACUGUGAAGUGGUUUGGGGAGAAAUUAACUCUUUCACUAAGACUGGAAUAAAGUCAGCCGACGGGAAGCAGCGUGACUAUGAUGUGAUCAUUGCUGCAACUGGCUUUGAUAUGUCCUUUAUUCCUCGUUGGCCAAUUGUUGGACGGAGCGGAAUUGACCUUCAAAAGCAGUGGGCAGAUGAUCCUGCUUGCUAUAUGUCAGCAAUCGCCCAGGAUAUGCCUAAUUACUUCAUCUAUAUGGGCCCUGGAAGCCCAGUCGGUCAUGGUAGUAUGAUAACUUCUAUCGAGCGCAUCACUCUAUACGCAGUUGACUUGAUCAGGAAAUUGCAAUGUGAGAAUUAUUCAUCGUUCCGACUCAAGGAGGGAAAGGCCAAGGCCUAUCAGUUUCAGAUGCUCUCAUGGUUGGAAAAGACCGUAUGGGGUGAUUCUUGUCAGAGCUCUUUCAAGAACGGCGAGAAAAAUGGCGCGUUGCAUGCAUUUCAUCCUGGCUCCCGUUUACAUUACUUCGAAUUGCUUCGUCGUCAUCGGUAUGAGGACUUUGAGUGGGAGAGUCGAUGCCCCGAGUCCCACUUGGACUUUGCUUGGCUCAAUAACGGCUUUCUUUCACAUGAAUUGAACUCAGAAGAGGAAGCGGACUCUACGUAUGAUCCCUUUCCAAUAUUUUUCUAA